AUGCCUCACCGAACGACAAAUCAAGAUUUGGUUCCAGAAUCGAAGAAUGAAAGCCAAAAAGGUAAGUGA